CACUUAAAAGCGACUCUUUCUAUGCUUAUACGUGUCGUUUAUUUAAUUCUCAUUCUUCCAAAUAGAUUUUGUACUAUUUAUCAAAAAAAUUGAAAAUUGAUGAUUUAUUUAUUAUCACUUUGGGUUUCUUUUGUAAGAAUAUCUGUUUGAAUAUGGAAACAUAAUAAGUUUUUGUUUCAUUUUUGAGUCAUUCAGAUGGUUGUGUUAUGUUUUUGAAACAAAGUGUCUUUUUUCUCUCUGGGUUUUAGUUGGGCUUUUUACCUUUCUUGAUUUGGAUUUUGUUUUUCUUUGAAAAGAGAAAAAAGUCAUUCACUUUUUCUUUUAUUCAUUCUUUAUUUGCUUUGCCUUUUGCUUUUUGCUUUUGUUGGACUAUUGAUUUGUUAUAUUGUCGUUUUCUAUUUGGGAUUGGGUAUCUUAAAGUUUCAUUUCUGCUGUGAUUUUUGGUUCUUUUUGGUCUGGUUUGGUUUGGUUUGGUAGAUUUUUGAAAUUGAAUUUUGCAAUGGAGGAGAGGUAUGAGCCAUUGAAGGAGCUUGGUUCUGGGAAUUUUGGUGUGGCCAGACUGGUCAGAGAUAAGAAGAGUAAGGAGCUUGUUGCAGUUAAAUACAUAGAAAGGGGAAAAAAGAUUGAUGAGAAUGUACAAAGAGAAAUCAUAAACCAUAGGUCCUUGAGGCAUCCUAACAUUGUCAGAUUCAAGGAGGUUUGCUUGACUCCAACACACCUAGCCAUUGUGAUGGAAUAUGCAGCUGGUGGCGAACUUUUCGAAAGGAUAUGCAGUGCUGGAAGAUUUAGUGAAGAUGAGGCAAGGUUUUUCUUCCAGCAGCUACUUUCUGGAGUCAGUUACUGUCAUUCAAUGCAAAUUUGCCAUAGGGAUCUGAAGCUCGAAAACACGCUGCUGGAUGGAAGUCCAACACCUCGUCUUAAAAUAUGCGAUUUUGGUUACUCCAAGUCUGCCUUGUUGCACUCUCAACCUAAAUCCACUGUCGGAACACCUGCUUACAUCGCGCCUGAAGUUUUGUCUCGAAAAGAAUAUGAUGGAAAGAUUGCAGAUGUUUGGUCCUGCGGUGUGACGUUAUAUGUGAUGUUGGUUGGAGCUUAUCCCUUUGAAGAUCCCGAAGAUCCAAGAAAUUUUCGAAAGACAAUCGGGAGAAUCAUGAGUGUCCAAUACUCAAUACCAGAUUAUGUUAGAGUAUCUGCAGAAUGCAAACACCUUCUUUCUCGUAUAUUCGUUGCGAAUCCCGCCAAGAGGAUUACAAUCCCGGAAAUCAAACAACACCCUUGGUUCCUGAAAAACUUGCCAAAGGAACUAGUUGAAGUGGAAAAGACCAAUCAGGCGAAAUCGGAAACAGACCAAAACACACAGAGCGUUGAAGAGAUAAUGCGAAUCAUACAAGAGGCAAAGACGCCAGGAGAAGGGUCCAAAGCUACAACUGGUCUAGGCGCCACAGCAUCGACAUCAGACCCUGAUGAUGAGUCCGAAAUUGAUGUCAGUGGUGAUUACCUUGAAUCUGUUUAAAGGGAGGUCAAACAAUAUGAUGAUGAUCAUCAUCAUGAACUUUAUAGUUUUUUUUUUUUGUGUAUGUAAUUUUGAGUUUGAUUUACCCAUAAAAACUUGAAUUUGGGAGUCAGGAGGAAGAGAGGGUUGGUUGUGACUUGUGAGAUUGUACAGUUAUAUAAAUGAUUAUUAUUGCUACUUACUAUGCAUCAAACAUGUGUAAAAGCUAUAGAGUCUUCAAAACCGAUAUUAUUAUGGGGUUUCUUAUGUUAUAAACUCACUUUUGCUCUUA